CGAACCAAGGAUCGAGUCGAAACAGCAACAGCCGUUCUCACUCGAUUCGAGAUGUCUUCUGACUCGGACGAUGAGCCACAGCUGUCUGCGCACGCGCUAGCAGCUCUCAAGGAGUUUUAUACUGAAAAUCAGGCGUCAGCUGAGAGUAAUGCAGAGCAGAUGCCUUCUGAGAAUUGGCAACUUAGCCAGUUCUGGUACGACGAAGAAACUGCAACCGCAUUAGCCGAGGAAGCGAUAUGCGAAGCAGGCUCAGGACGAAUUGCUUGCAUAUCUUGUCCAACUACAUACUACAAGCUGCAAUCCAUCAAACCAGAAGGCUGCCGGGCAGUCCUGCUGGAAUUCGAUGAGCGGUUCCAGCAGAAUGGCGAAGACUUUGUUUUCUACGACUACAACAAAACACUGGAGUUGCCCGCGGAUGCCGCUGAGCAGGGAUCCUUUGAUAUUGUGCUGGCUGAUCCUCCCUUCCUGUCAGACGAAUGCUUAGAGAAGACGAGUCAAACUGUAAAGUACUUGAGCCGUGGAAAAGUGCUCUUGUGCACGGGAAAGAUCAUGGGAGAGGCAGCAGCACGGUUAUUACAGGUGCGUGAAUGUCAAUUCCAACCGCAUCAAUCGAAGGGCCUGGCCAACGAGUUCCGCUGCUUUGUGAACUACGACUCUCAACUCAGUUGAGGAGAGCGCUGGCACCCCAACAUCAUCUCCUUCAAUCUAUGGCCUGGUAUCCAAUGCCGAUCGUUCCUCUCUGGAAGGACACGAGACUCAUACUUUCCUGGACUGCACCUAGACCAGCUGAAGACGGCGCGUAGUACUGCGGUCAUCCCCGGAAUUGUGCAGUCGU